UUCCCGACGCCCCUCAACAGUGUUUAAGCAAUUACGUUCAUCCGCGCUUCUGUAUAUUGCGUAAAAUUAAUCUCAUUAAGUGACCUCGGGUAUCACAUAACCUAAAGACAGUGCGACAAGAUUGAAAAUCAAAAUAAAGAAGAAGGAUGUUCAUCGUUAGAUUAUCAUAAGUACUUGAAAAUAUGGUCUGUUGAAGCAACAAGUGAUCAAUAAAUAAUUUAAGUAAUUUAAAAAAAAAACAAAAAGUAUUUAAAGAAUGAACAAUCAAGCGUUCAGUUUGGCUGAAAAACUUAUACCAUCAACUUAUGUACAACAAGGAUUAAAUGCGAAGAAAACGAGGGAGAAUCUUAUAAGAAGUUUUAUUGAACAUCGAAAAUGGCCAGAAGAAGGAUGGGACGAUGCAACAAUAGAAGCAUUUCUUUCGGAUCUCUCACAAAUGGACAGCAAUAAUUUUCCACUGAAUUGCAGUGUUGGUGAGCGUGAAUCACGAAUAAUAUCAAGUAUCGUAGCAAGACGGCAUUUUCGCAUGGGCCAUGGAAUCGGUAGAUCCGGAGAUCUUGAAGAAGUUCAACCAAAAGCUGCCGGGAGUAGUUUAAUGUAUAAAUUAUCAAAUGCAUUAGUAUUAGAAGUGAUGCGGUAUAUGGGUGUUAAAAGUAUCGCCGGAUGUUUCUUAUCACCAAUGGCAACGGGUAUGAGCUUGGUGCUCUGUAUGUUGACUCUAAAACUCGACAGACCACGAGCCAAGUACGUCCUUUGGCCUAGAAUCGAUCAAAAGUCAAGCUUUAAGUCUAUAAUAACAGCUGGACUGGAGCCGAUUGUUAUUGAGAUGCUGAUUGUGGGAGAUGAAUUGAAAACUGAUUUGCAGAGACUCGAAUCACAGAUGGCUGCUUAUGGAGAGAGUAUUGCUUGUGUUCUUUCUACUACCAGCUGCUUUGCUCCACGUUCUUGCGAUUCAGUUGAUCUCAUUGCUGCGCUGUGCACGCAGUAUAAUAUUCCUCAUUUGGUCAACAAUGCUUAUGGAUUACAAAGUACUAGAUGUAUGCACUUAAUUCAAGAAGCUUCGAGAAAGGGACGAGUUGAUGCCUUUGUUCAAAGCACCGAUAAAAACUUUCUCGUUCCUGUUGGAGGCGCGAUUAUUGGUUCAUUUGAUAAAAAUCUUCUCGACCGAAUCUCAAAGAUGUAUCCAGGUCGCGCAAACGCCAGUUCUACAAUGGACGUAAUGAUAACACUAUUGGGCCUAGGAAUGGCUGGAUAUAAACAGUUGAUUGCUCAACGAAAAGAAAUGUAUGCGUAUUUGAAAGAAGAACUGGGUAAAGUUGCUGCCAGACACGGUGAAAGAUUAUUAGACACCAAAGGCAACCCUAUAUCUAUGGGAAUGACUUUGCAGUGUCUCAGUCAUCAGCAUGAUCAUAAACAAGUUACUAUGCUUGGAUCCAUGUUAUUUCUUAGAAAUGUUAGCGGUUCAAGAGUAAUUACUACUACUGAUGUUAAGAAUAUUGUUUCACAUAAAUUUGAAGGUUGGGGAGCACACAAUAGCAAUUAUCCAAUCCCAUACUUAACAGCAGCCGCUGCUCUAGGAAUGAAACGCAGUGAUGUAGACGCGUUUGUACAGCGAUUGGACAAAGCUUUGACUAAAGUCCGACGGCGAUCAGCCCCAGUCACUCCAACAGCUUCAUUAGCAGGCUCAAGUAUUAACGGCGAUACGGGCAAUCCUGGUGGUCCAGGUGAAUCUAGCACCGCCUCUACUAGCCGAGCUAGUAGCAAAGAUUCUUUGCGCAAAUGAACCGUAGUCAACGCAACUGGACAGUCGAAUCAGCACAUCAAUAUGAAUUUAUAAGCAAUUUUGCUUCAGAUUAAUUGUAAAAAAAUAAUACAACAUGUGCUGAUAUGCCUGCUCAAUUGCGUUGACAUAUAGAUAAAUAUACUUAAAAAUAAAAAGUGUGUUAUUGCGACAAAAAAAAUGAUGUAA